CCCGCUAUCCCCAACCCGGGCGUGACGGAGGCGCUCGGAGAGAUGCCCCGUGGCGGUAGCAGCAGCCGCCCCUGCCGCAGCGGCCGGAAGAGAAGAAAGACAUGGGAUACGGAAUGCACACCGUUUCCAGGAGAGAGCGUGUCUAGCUUCAGGAAAGAAGAUGCUGAGACAUCUGCAGCAAAUACAUCCCUCUCAAAAGCAUGGCUUAAGUGUGGUGAUGGCUUUCAAAGUGACUCUGUGCCACCGAUUAGAGAAUUGUCCACUGAGAUGGCUAUUAUGAAGAAGCACCUUGGAUCUUCCCUCAAGUCUAAGGAAGCUUCUCCAUCUGAAGCUUCAAAGAGACCGUCUGACAUAAUAUGGAGCUCUAGUGGGAGUGAUCUCUCUGAGGAUGAUAAAGAGAUGCAUUGUCAAUCUCAAAAACAUAAAAGAUGUGCUCCCACCAUGGAUGACAGCAGCAGUGAAGGUGAACCUCAAUACAUUGACUGGGAGAAUGAUAGUGAUAGUAAAGAAGAUGUUGGUAAUGAAUGUCCUGAUUUUGGAGAAAAUGAGAGUGCUGUGGAAAUAUCAGACUGUAUUUCCUGUGCAAGUAGCAGUCCUCGGACUAGCGAGGAAAGAGAGCAUGACUUUUCUCAAAUGGGUUCCACUGAAAUUUUGGAAUAUUCCUCUGAUGUUGAAAAACAGGAAGACAUAAAGAAUGUGUUACCCACCAGUUUAGGAGUUGCUCACAAAUACCACUGGAAUUUUGGAUUAGAUUUAGAACAAGACAAAGGAAGACCUGCAAGUGAUUGGAUAAAAUCUGCACAGGUCCUUUUACAUACCCCUAAGAAAGAAACAGAUAAGACUCCCAGGACUCCAGAAGAUUCUGCAAAGAAAAACAAAAAGAAGCUAUUAAGGGGAGGACUAGCAGAAAGGUUAAAUCGAUUACAGAACAGAGAGCGGUCUGCCAUAACUUUUUGGAGGUAUCAGAGUGCUUCUUCUAACAAAACACUUCCAGGCAAAAAGUCUGGAGCGUUGAUUGUAAAGAUUAUAGAGAUGCAUGAGGAAUGCACAAUGCAGAUUGCCAUCUGUGAGUUGUUAGCCAUGUCUUCUACUGACAGCCCUUCUAAAGAUGCACUCCUGGAUCCUGGGACCCAACUCAAGGUCCUAUUCACGAAGGAAACUGCAGCUCAUCUGAAGGGAGGUCCACAGGAUGUCAUCCAUAUCUACCCUCCCUGGCAUAAGCUUCUUCUUCAUGAUAAAAGCGUUCCUAUUAUUAUGAACACAUACUUUUGCCAGAAAGUUGUCGUCAAAGAAGAUUCAGAAAAAUCCGAUAAAAUGCAGUAUCUGGGGAUUUUGCCUACAAGAAGAAAAAUCAUUUCCUUGGCUCAGAUGUUUAGAUUUCAAAGCCAAAUAAAUGAUAUUGCUCAGAAAUCAGAAGGACAUCAGGUAAUGUGCACUAAUGUUACUACUACCGAGACAGACGGAUCCCGCGACUUCCAAGAAAUAAAACAGUACAUUCCAGCGCAGCUCUCCAUAAGUGACUCUCUCCUGGAUGUGGUUGAAAGCCAGGGAACAGCCAGGUGGAAAGGAGUGCAGGUUCGAGUGGUGGUACAAAGAGUUUAUUACCUUCCUAUAAGAGAUGUCUCCAGAUAUCAACCAGGAAACACCUCCUCGCAGUUGGCUGCCCCUUUGGGAAAUGCAGACCUGCACAAUGUGAGAUGCUGCCUUCUUGUCCAGGAUGCUUAUGGGAUAUUCAGUGAAGUACAUUUGGAAUCCCUCUGUUCUCCUCCAGAGGAUAUCUCUCAGCACAACAGGCAGUGGGAAGGAAAAUCCUGCAGCCUCGGAGGAAUGAAGAUUUUACAGAGGACCACCAGAGGAAGGGCAAUGGGACUUUUUAGUCUGAUAGACAGCUUGUGGCCUCCAUUGAUACCUUUGAAAAUUCCUGGCCAAAGUCAAGACUGUGGAGAGAUGAAAGCUCAUCAGAAGCCUCCCAGUUUCUGUUAUAUACUCACUGCUUGUCCAGAGCCAGGAGAUGUUGGUAUAAAAGUGGAAAACACACUUUCUACUAUCUACCGGCCCCCAUCCAUAUAUUCCUUACAAGACAUUCUUAAGGCAGGUGGUCUUGGGGGUCAUCGUUGCAGUUUCCAGGCCCGAGUGAUAUAUCAAAGGCUGCAGCUAAAGAGUAAUCUUCCUAUGGACCAAAGAGAAAUUUGGCUGAUAGUGACCGAUGCCACGCUGCAGUUGGAAACUGCUGGCCUCCCAAAGACUGUGCCAGUGUGUGUGACAUCAUCAUGUGUAAUCAACCUUGAAGUCAUGGAAGCCCUCACAGAUGCAACAGCACAUACCCUCUUCUUCAAAGAUGUCCUACAAGAAAAUGGUAAACUUAUUUGUGUCGAACGAACUGUCCUCCUGCUUCAAAAGCCCUUUUUGUAUGUGACUGCUAGUGCUGACACCUCUGAACUGACUAGCCCAGUUAUACUUGAUGAAUUGGAUUCUGCCACUCAAGUGAACUCCAUUUGUAGUGUACAAGGCACUGUGGUUGGUGUGAACGAAAACACUGCUUUCUCCUGGCCUGUAUGCAACAGAUGUGGCAAUGGGAAACUGGAGCAGGACCCAGAAAACGGAGGAUCCUUACGCUGUGGCCGAUGCACCCUCACUGUCACAUCUCCCGUUCUCAGAAUGCACCUAGAAGUGGUUUUGGCCUGCCCUUCUAGACCACAGGCUAAUGUGAAAGUAAAGCUGUUGCAAAAGAGUAUUUCUUCACUCCUGAUGUUUUCCUCCAGUGAGGAUGGGACUUAUGAAGUGACCAGUGUGCUGGGAAAGAAGGUGGGGCCGUUAAAUUGCUUCGUCCAGACCAUAACCAACCACCCGACAAGCUGCAUCGGAUUGGAGGAAAUUGAACUUUUGAAAGCAGGAAGAAACUAAGAUGAUGACUGCCUGUUGCUAUAGUGUCAAUGAACUUUGCAAUGUUGUUACAAAGUUGUUUUGUAGUUACUUGUUAACUAAAGACCAGAAGGGUUUAUACUGAUUACAAA